ACUGGCCCAGCUCAUAUUUUGUUUUUGUUGCUGUUCGCUUUAUGUUUAGUAGAAGUUGCGCAUAAAUCCCCAUCAAAUCUCUAACAAUUUGCGCAUUUAAAUGCAGCCGCCCCCUUUUAUUUGCUUGCGCUAGAGUUGGAAUCCCAGAAAGGUCGCUGGAUACACGGACACCCACAAGCGGAGGAACGAGGAAAGGAGCCAAGGAUACAAUUCAAGGACUGCAGCAACAACAACACAGAGAUGUCAGUGGCCGGGCUUCGACAAUGCCUGCUGCUCUGGAGCGUCGACUACUGGAACUUGGAAGUCAUGGCUGACAAUGUCUUCAAGUCGCACGAUAUCGGGCUGCGGGCGCAGAAGAAAAUCCUCUCACGCAUGGCCACCAAAAACAUCGCGAAGACCUUCAUCGAUGGCACAACGGCCUCGCUGCUGGACAACCUGUACAGGCUCUGCAAGAUGCACACCGGCAACAAGGCCAAGGCGGAGAAGCUGAUCAAGAACAUCAUCAAGAUCGUGAUUAAGAUCGGGGUACUCCACCGGAACAAUCAGUUCAGCGAGGAAGAGCUGGAAAAGGCGGAGAAUUUCAAGAGAAAGUUUCAGAACACCCAGCUGUCCAUCAUAUCAUUCUACGAAGUGGACUUUACUUUUGACCUGGCCUACCUGCAGAAGUCCAUAGCCGAGUCGCAAAUGGCGCUGAAGUCGAUUGUGCAGCCGCAUCUCACAGAGAAGUCUCUGGGUCGCAUCGAUGAGGUGUUCGAUUUCUUUGGCGAGGAGACUCUGCUGGAAACGGCUUUCCGAUCCGACUCCCCCUACCGCGAAGUGAUGGGAAAGAUUGUGGCCGACAUUAAUGCCGCCAUGGAAACGGGGGAUAUUUGAGGAGAUCCGGCCACGAGUUGAGCUGUCAUUGCGUGCUAUGAAAGGCUAUCUACCGAAACCAAAAAGCAGCCACUAGCUAGUUGCAAAUGGAAAAUGCUUGCUUAAGAGCUCACCCACCAACACCAAAAUACAAAAUCUAGAUAUAGCUAUGGGACAGCAACGACAGUGGGGGAAAGCAGGGAAAAAAGUAAAAAAGACACGUGUUUAAACAAAAAUUUAAUUAAGUUUAACUAGUGAUAUACCAUUGACAACAAUAUCAAAAGUGUAAAGACGUCCGUAUUGAUUGUUUUGAUGACAACGUUAACAUUUGUGUACUCAAGGUCUAUAUAGUAAUAGUUAGAAAGAACCAAAUGCAUUUCGCCAAAGGAAUUCACCAAACGGAAAUUGUAAACUCGAGCAAAAUGCUUUUAUUGGUUUGUAAGUCGUUAAUCGUAUGUGUGAAAGUCACUGUAUAUGUGUAAGUCUAGGUGUUAAAAGGGAAAUACUUCAGCACACAAGCAAUUAUAAGUGGUCAACUUUUGAUACUCCAAAACUCGCUGUUUCCGAUCGCAAUUACUUUACGCAUUUGACCCACAAACACCGUCUUACUCAGACUCCUACGUACUUAACUGAUCGUUGCUGAUCGGAAUCACCUAAUACCUAACUCACAUGCUAAGUUGGUUAUGUUAACUUGUCACCAGAACCUGUUUACCAAUCAUCUCCUUUUGUCUGAGAGCUAGCUCCGUACACCUAUUUGUAUUUCUUAAUGUAUUCCAAGCCUCCUAGGGGUCAGUAACCUUAAGCAUUAUUUAUGAUACUCCCACAAUGAUAUUUGAAGUACCAGAGACAUAUCGAAACUAUUUAAAGGAAAAUAUCGCUGAGGGGACAAUAAGUUCUUUGACUUUUUCUAAAACUUCUGGUUUUCGCGGGGGAAGCACCAUUUUAGUCGUAUAGAUUAUAAAUAUUUAUUUGUUUACCAAACAAAACAAUGUUGUCUAUAAAAAUAAAAUCAACAAUUACAAACAUGUA